GCGCGUGCUUGGAGAGUGGCCAGGCUGGGAAGGCCACCGGAACUCGAUUAAGCGCGCUGCUGAGCGCGCAGGCGCGAAGUUGUCCGCCUUGCACUGCGUCGGCUCGUCAAGUGCGCACGCGCGCGAAUUUCUGGCAAAAAGCAAGCAAGCCCGGGCCCGCGCGGGGCCUUGUGGGAGGGUUUAAGGAAGUAAAAUGGCGGACCUGGCGAACGAAGAAAAGCCUGCCAUUGCUCCUCCUGUCUUUGUGUUUCAGAAGGAUAAAGGACAAAAGUCCUCUGCAGAGCAAAAAGACUUGUCGGAUUCGGGAGAGGAGCCUCAGGGGGAGGCUGAGGCCCCCCACCAUGGCACGGGUCACCCCGAGUCAGCUGGUGAGCAUGCCCUAGAACCUCCUGCCCCCGCUAGCACUUCCGCCAGCACUCCUCCGCCUCCCGCUCCUGAAGCCCAGCUUCCUCCUUUCCCGCGAGAACUGGCAGGGAGAUCAGCCAGAGGCUCCAGUCCCGAAGGCGGAGAAGAUUCUGACCGAGAAGAUGGAAAUUACUGCCCUCCUGUCAAGAGAGAAAGAACAUCAUCUUUAACACAGUUCCCCCCCACACAGUCAGUAUCAAAAAACAAUGUAUUUAUGCCAUCAACCUUCUGCGAGUCAUCUACAGGCAAUUCUGACUCAGAACCAGAGGAAAGGAGCAGUGGGUUCCGGUUGAAGCCACCAACCCUGAUCCAUGGCCAGGCACCCAGCGCAGGUCUGCCAAGCCAGAAGCCGAAGGAGCAGCAGCGGAGUGUGCUUCGUCCAGCAGUGUUACAAGCCCCGCAGCCAAAGGCGCUGUCCCAGACUGUCCCCAACAGUGGCACCAACGGGCUUAGCAUUCCAGCAGACUGCACAGGGCCAGGGCCAGUGCCAGCAGCAUCACCUGGAAACACUGCACAGAGAAGUCUUUCUGAAUCUGCCGAAGAGGCACGUACACUUGAGGCUGGACACCCCUGGGAGCCGAAGUCAGUUUCCAUGCCGCAGGGUCUCCUGGCUGCCACUCCCAGUUCCCAGGAGAAAGAACCCCAGAAAUAUGAGUCUGGCAAUACUUAUGAGGAAGAAAACUGUGAGAAAAAAGAACAAGCUGCACAGCAAGCCUUCGUAUUUGGACAGAACUUGAGGGACAGAGUUAAGCUAAUGAAUGAGAACACUGAUGAAGCUGACAUGGAAAACGCUGGACACCCCAGUUCAGAAAUGCCAACUGCAACAAACUAUUUCCUUCAGUAUAUCAGCUCCAGUUUAGAGAACUCGACCAGUAGUGCCGAUGCUUCCAGCAACAAGUUCGUAUUUGGCCAGAACAUGAGUGAGCGAGUUUUGAGCCCUCCCAAAUUGAAUGAGAUCAGUUCAGAUGCCAACAGAGAAAACUUGGUUGCUGAGUCUGGGUCCGAAUCUUCUUCCCAGGAGGCCACCCCUGAGAAAGCUAAUAAUAUUUCAGAGUCCUUGGCCGAGUCAGCAGCCGCCUACACCAAGGCCACAGCACGGAAGUGUUUGCUGGAAAAAGUGGAAGUCAUCACCGGGGAAGAGGCAGAGAGCAACGUGUUACAGAUCCAGUGUAAGCUGUUUGUCUUUGACAAGACCUCACAGUCAUGGGUGGAGAGAGGACGGGGGCUGCUCAGGCUCAACGACAUGGCGUCAACCGACGACGGGACAUUACAGUCCCGACUGGUGAUGCGGACCCAGGGGAGCCUGCGGCUCAUCCUCAACACCAAGCUAUGGGCUCAGAUGCAGAUCGACAAGGCCAGCGAGAAGGGCAUCCGCAUUACAGCCAUGGACACCGAGGACCAGGGUGUGAAGGUCUUCCUCAUCUCGGCCAGCUCCAAGGACACAGGUCAGCUGUAUGCAGCCCUGCAUCACCGCAUCCUGGCCCUGCGCAGCCGUGCAGAGCAGGAACAGGAAGCCAAGAUGCCUGCCCCUGAGCCUGGGGCAGCCCCAUCCAAUGAAGAGGAUGACAGCGAUGAUGACGAUGUCCUGGCUCCCUCAGGGGCUAAUGGAGCUGGUGCUGGCGACGAAGGAGACGGGCAGACGGCUGGGAGCACAUAGCGGCUGGGCUAGCUGCACACCAGGCUGCUGCUUUGUCCGUCUGUCUGCCCAUCCACCUCCUCCCCACAGGCAGCAUGGAGGGGUGCUGGGUGCCAAACCCUGCUGGGUGGGCCACAGUCUGGAGCUGCACAUCCUGUUCAAAGCAGACUUGGAAACUGCCUGAAUGUGGUUUGGGACAUGAGAACUCAUCAUAUUGAUGAGCAAAACAAAAAAGAACAUUUCUUCCCUCCCCUCCUUUGAAUUGAAAUGGCACAUUAAGGCUUGUCACGGCUUCU